AGUGGAAGACGCUGCGGCAGCCGUACGUGUGACCGCCACCCGGGUCAGUCCGAGUCGAGAUCCGCGUCUGUAGGACUUCAGCUCAUCGCCAGCCACUGCCAGCGCCAAGCCUCGGCUAAAAAUAACAGAAAAUGAAAAGUGGAUAUUUUUAUUGUACUAAUUAAUUAUUCAAAAAUUAAUUGGAAUGAGGUGCGCAUGCUUCAAUUAAGCACUUGGCGGGAAUGGAAUUGUGGGAUUUAUUAUGGUGGAGCACAUCGCCCGGUAGCUGACAUAACUCCGAACGGAACAGACUAGAGAUUUCAGCCGAUUGCUUCGAAGACCACAUUGGAUUCCAACAGGUGCUGAUAUAUCCAAGGCGUGUCAAACAGAAACUAUUGACCCAUUGAUAUGACAGUGGCUAGCAUUAUGGUUUGAGAAGAAGGGGAAGAGCUUGAAGGAAACCAACAACCAUCCACUGGUUACUGACGGACCUUCCCAUGUAGACUGAAACAACCAGUGUAGGAAGAGACAAGAGAACUGGGAGAAGCUGAACAAAAAGAUUCAAGUUCUGUCAUGGAGGGCACACAGAAUGGAAAAAGUGAAAAUUACAGGUAUGUGGACCGUGUGGAACAGACAAUUAGUCCACCGAGCUAUAGACACUUCACCAAGUCUGAGUUGAAGGUCAUGAGUUCAGAGGUCACAACUGAAUCUGUGUCAGCAGUACACAGCACUUUUAGGGAGACUGCCUACCUAACCAACAUGGGUCACAAUUCCAAUGGUGUUGAAAAGAUGGCAACAGAGAUUGCAAGAGGUUCCAAGAGUAAUGAAGAAUCAAAUGUUAACAUCCAAGCACAGUCAAAACAGCCUCAUUCAGAACUCUCAUUAGAUAAUACCCUGGUUGACAGUCUAGAACAAAGCAUUGAUCGUGUUGAAAGAAUGUUGGACGAAAAAGACAUGUUGACGUCUGAAAAAAUCACGGUAUCAUCUGGUGAAACCUGGUCACAGACAGAAACCAGCUCAGAUUGGGUUAUCAUUGACGAUUCAUCAACAGCAGACGAUGGAGAAAGGGAGAUAGUUUCUGGGUCUAGUGCAUCAGAAGACACUCAGCUGUGUCUUAUAGAGGCAGAUAGACAGCCAUUUAUGACAGUUGACCCAAAUGAUGUCCUCGGCCGAAAUGACCAGUCCAAAAAGAGUUCUGCUUUUACAGAAUUCCUCACCAUCAAACAGAAGCGAGAAAGUUUCGGUAACGAAGUUGAAACUGCUCAGUUUGAGCAAGUUCUGCAAGAGCAGCUCAGUGCUCAGAAAGAACGAGAACAGCGAGAACAAAAGUUGAUGGAGAAAAUCUUUGGAACAAUUCCUGCCUAUAGAGCUGAUUGGAAACAGAAAGACAGUUACGUGGAAUGUAACUCUGCAAGUUUCUCAUCGAGUAACACUUUUACAGAUCAAAACCGCCAAGAGACUUUGUCCAAUAUGCAGUUUUCUUCAGCAGACUGGAAUGCUGGAGAUGAAAAAAUUAGAUCUUCGUCAUCAUCCGAAGUUCAGUCUUCCUACCACACUGACUCUUCCAGUCUUUCCAGUUUGUCAAUGGCCGUGAAAGAUUUGGAGAAGGCUGUCCUCACUCAAGGAUCCGUUACAGAACCCUCUAGUCUCAUUGAAGUUGAGCGAAAAUUUGUACCGACAGAAAAUAGCGAAAACAAGUUACUGGAACAAGGUGCAACAUUGUUAUCUGAAAAGUCAUUCCAUGACAUCUACUAUGAUACGCCAAGCUACAAGUUGACCUUAAGUGACAUUUGGCUACGCCAGCGUGAUGGACGGUGGGAGUUGAAAACACCGGUUACUGGAGCCUCAAUUACUACUUCCAGCACCCAGUACAAUGAGUUAACAGACGAAAAGGACAUAGUUUCAGAGCUCACCAUCAGUCUGAGCCUGGAUACAGGCGUGUCGGAAAGUGUGAAAAGCAUCAAGGAAUUCGUCCAAAUCGGCCUCCUGAAUGAGUUCUGCAGUUUUACAACAACUCGGAAAAGCUAUGGACUGCAGACUUGCUUAGUUGACCUUGACGUGACCAGCUUUGGGGUAAAGGUUGGUGAAAUCGAAAUGGUGGUUGUAGAUCGUGACCGCAUUCCUGAAGCACUGGACGCCAUUGAGGACAUUGCCAAGCAAUUGGGUCUGCCGUGUCAGAGUUUCCAGCAGAGGGUGCUGGGGAAAAUUGACGCCUAUCUUUCCAAGUUUAACCCUUUCCUUCAUCAUCUGCUGGUUGCCAACAAAGUUCUUGUGGCCACGCCUCCAAGCUACAGCUGAUGUUUUGUAAUAAUGUCAGUAGUGUAAUACUAAUCAAAUCUGCAUGAUUGUGUAUGGUUAAUAUUUUACUCAUUGAAAAUAACCAUGGUACAUUGUUUUGUCAAGUGAUCUUGUGAAUUUAUGAUAACUCAUAAGAGAGAUCCUCUGUAUAUAUCAAGUCUUUGUAGAGGAAACUUUGCCUACAUUAGUAUGCAUAUCCAAAAUUAUUGAUUUCAUGAAUUUUUUCAUAUAUUUUUUUUUUUAAAUAUUUACAAAAAGUUUUGCAUUUUUGCUUUAUGCAUCUCAGUAAAAAUUCCAAAAAGGAAACCAUCUGUUAAAAUUAUCAGUCAGUUGAUAUUCUUAUCAUAGAUAUUUAUAGGAAUAAAAUAAUGAUAUAGUAGGUUUAAUAACUCCUUCUCAGUUGAGUAUGAAAAUGAGCAAUAUAAUCAAAUAAAUAACAACUGGUUAGCUAAGAAAAGGAUUUUGAAAUCAAAAUAUUAUCUAGUGAUCAUGCAUGUAUGAUCAAAAAAUAAAUAAUUAUUUGGAUGUUGAUUCCACAUUAGUGAGCAGAUAGAGCUGUAGCAAUUUGUGGCUUAUAAAUAGAUACACCUAGGAGUAAUCAAAGCUUAGUAUAUGUACACUGUUUAUAUAUUAUGUUUGGAUAGUUUCUUUCACUCUGGUUUUAAACAUUGAUAUGACAAAGUUUAAAUGUAUUUUGUAUUACACCAUAUUAGAUGGCAUUAAGAUCAAAGAAAGCUGCUUGCAUGUGCAUUUGUGGCUAGUGUUAUUAAUUACUCCACAAAACAAAAAUUUAUUGUCAUUUUUUUUUCAUGCUAUGUAUUUAAUUAGUGUUGCUCUCAAAGGUCAAACAGUUGUGUUUAAGGGUAUGAAGGUUAAUAUGUGUUCCAGUCUGUUCAAGUGAUGUCUAUAUUUUACCUUACAAGUGAUCUGUUUAUUAAAGAAUAAAUAGUUUUUACUGAUGUUUUCUUUAAAGUUUUAAAAGUAUGGAAAGAAUUUAAACAUAUUGUUAGAGCGAUAUUUAAGAUAUUGACCCACAUUAUUUAAAUGAUAGUGUUUAGAUACUCAUGUUUGGAUUAUUUAAUGUUUAUUAAAUGGUUUAAAUUUUUUUCAUUUGACCUCUACUUGACUGUGUUGAAGUAGCCUGUUGUAAAGGGUUGACGUUUGGUGGUAAAUGUAUGUACAAUCACUAUAGAUCUGACCUCAUGGAAAUAACCUUCCUGGUAGUAAUUUUGCUGUUAUUGAAUUUUUUAUGUGAAUAUUGGUCUUUUCCUUCCAAAUUAGCUUUACAUGACAGAACUUAUAUUUUUGUAACUUUCUAUUAAGUGAUACAGCUUUCUUGACUUUUUUCACUGAAGUUUUUCUUUGUCACCGAGAGUUUUUCACUUUGCUUAACUGUUACUUGUUUGUGUAUGCUGCUGUUCAUGCUGAUGUUUAAAUAAUAAAACAGUGCUUGUAAAA